AUGCCAGCAGUUAAAAUGGUGGCUAAAUCACCUAUCACUCCCAAAAAAGAUGGGAAGUAUCCUCGUGUGUCUCAUAAGUCAGAUAGAAUAUGCAAUAAAGUAUACAAAAGACAGCGUUCCAUGGUUGGAGUUACCAAUGAAGUGGAAAGUUUAGAUCUAUCCGGCCAAAAAUCUCGUAAUGAUGGUUUUUUUGUAAAUAAAGAAUCUCCAAAGGAGGGUGACAAUGAAGAAAACCAAAUGUCUUCCAAUAUAGAUACAUUUGUGGGGCAGAACCGUCUCUCAUUCAAUGGCUGUGCAGAGUUAGUAGUAGAAACGGAUUCUUUUCCGGUUUCUGUUCCCGCAAUCUCAGAUUCAGAUGCGUUGUUAGCUUAUUUUAACAGGCCUGACGAUAACCUAUUCGAUGGAGUUAAUAGGGAGGAAAUCAAUACCCAAGCUGAUCGAGUGGAUGCUAAUAACUUUUCCAAUUUCCAAACACCUGAUUCGCUGGACUUGUAUAUGAAUCAAACAUGUUUUGAUGGGUUUUCCUUUGACGGGAUGACUUUAUUUGAUGAUAGUCUCUACUAUAGUAUCCUUAACGAUCUUGAACUUAUUGAGACAAAUAUGACGUAUGAUCUUCCUGCGUUUGAGGACACCAUAGGAGCACCAAAUUACCAGUAUGUAGAGUCUCCUGAAGAAGUUCAUGAGCAGAUUCCAGAUUCUUCAUGGUUCAAUUCCAUUUGCCAUCAGGCCAAGCCAGUCACGGAAGAACUUGAAGUCAAGUCCUGUCAGAUUGAUUCUGAGAGAAUAGAUUAUGCUGAUCAAGAGAUAAUGAUAAAAAACUUCUUGGAGGUAUCUGACGAGUCUAACUUGUUGCCAGCUCUAGUAAGCAAGGAGACGAGGAAAACCAAGCGUGUCACCCUUGUUCUUGAUUUGGAUGAAACACUGAUCCACUCUACAAUGACACAAUAUGAUAGUGGUGCUGACUUCACAAUUCAAAUUUUACUUGAUAAGGAGUACAUUGUUUAUGUCCGAAAAAGGCCCUUCCUCCAUGAGUUUUUGGAGAGAGUAUCAAAGAUGUUUGAAAUCAUCAUUUUCACAGCUAGUAAAAAGAUUUAUGCUGAAAAGUUGCUAGAUGUUCUUGAUCCUGAAAAAAAGAUUUUUUCUCAUCGAGCAUACAGAGAUUCGUGCAUCUUUCAAGAUGGUACCUACACCAAAGAUUUGACUGUUCUUGGAAUUGACCUUGCAAAAGUAGCCAUAGUAGACAACUCUCCUCAGGUGUUCAGGUUGCAAGUUAACAAUGGAAUUCCUAUAGAGAGUUGGUUUGAUGAUCCAUCUGAUUCUGCCUUAAUGUCUCUUCUUCCUUUUCUGGAGAAACUGGCAGAUGUAGACGAUGUCCGCCCCAUUAUUGCAGAGAAAUUUGGGAAUAAAUUUUAG